UGUACAUCAAGAUGCAUCAGGAUGAUGCGUCCCACAGAACCAAGCCCCUCAGUUCUCAGCCGCUCUUCCCGGUCGGGGGUGUUAGACUCCCGACGAUGGCACAUGCUCAGCAUCUACAUGAUCUUGGGCAUUCUAAACCAAACCCUUUGGCUGAGCUUCGCUGCGACACCGGCCGCCACGGCCAGUCGCUUUGACGUCGACGAACGCUUUGUGGCGUAUCUGGCGGUGCUGUGCAACGCGGUCUACGUGCCAGGGAGCUGGUUGUGUACCUGGCUGCUGAGGAGUCAUGGCCUGGCCAAGGUAAUGCACGUGGCCUGUUGGCUGCAACUUUUCGGCAGCUUCCUACGCUGGUUGGCCGAUCUGCUGCUACGACCCAUCUCGGGACCGCUGGGAUUUCUGGGGCUCUUCUGUGGUCAGGGCGUAGCGGCUGUGGCCUCGCCCUUGAUCAUGAACACCCCUGCUGUUUUUGCAGAUGCUUGGUUCGGGAAACGCGAACGGGAGGGUGUGCUGGCCGCCGGGGCCCUGUCGCCCAUCUUUGGGCAGGGCUUAGGCUCUGCCUUGGCAGGAUUUAUCGUGGGUCCUGAUGCCCAAGGCACUGAAACCCUGCUGGCAGGGCAGGCACUAUUGAGUCUUAUUUUGGCGCUAUGGACAAUCAACCAAUUCAUGGACGCACCAGGGGCUGUACCAUCUGAUGGGAACAGCAGUACGCUACGGGAGGCCUUACAGCUUCUAUGUCGGCCUCACUUCUUUCUCAUUCUGGUGAUCUUCAACUGUGGCAUGGCUUUGGCUGCUUCAACCUUGACACUCUUUGGAGACAUCGCUAGUAAUUGUGGCUAUACAUCCACCGAUGCUGGAUUUGCAAGUGGGCUUUUCAUGAUAGGAGGAGUUAGUGGCUCAUUGGGAACUGGCUAUGUCUUAGGUGCCACACGUGCCUACCAGACCAUCCUACGAUGCUCGAUUUUCACCGCUGUACUCGGUGGUUGCCUCUUUCUGGUAAUGCUUCGCCCUGCGAAUCUUCUGGGGUUGUUAAUUACCGUGACCUUCUUUGGUGCAUUUAUGAUGAGCUCUCUACCUGCGCUUUUGUCCAACGCGGUAGAGGAGACAUUCCCGACCCCACCGGAGAUCUCCACCACGUUGCUCUUCAAUUCAGCCAUUCUUUUGCAGGUCUUCUUCACCCCAUUGGCACAAUUUAUCUUAAAUCAGGAUGAAGGCUGCUCAUCUUGGGGUUCCAAGUAUAGCAGUUUUAAUAUGUACAUUGGCUGUUUCGGCUGUCUGCUGCCUGCUCUGCUCUAUUGUGGCAAGAACAAUCGGAUGCUUGCAGAGAACCAAGAGUCAACCUUUAGCAGCUAGCCAAAA